GGCGCACCAUGACCACACGGCCAGCCUCAGAAACCACGCUGCACUUUUGCAGUGAUUUUUUUGGGGGCCAGUGUUCAACUGUACAGGAGCACUAAGCCAAAUCCUCCACCGUCGUCAUGAUUUCAUCGGCGCAGGGGGUGGAAGGGAGAGAGGGAGGGCUGACUGCGAGGCAAAGUGGGGGGAGAGAUAGACACACACGGGGCCUAGUCGCCACAUCUUUUUAUACGAAGAAGCUGCGCCGUUAAACCACCCAUUUUUGGUUUCCCAAACCAACUCCGGCCCGGGCCUCAGUCCGCUGUCUCGAGUUUGACAGCGGGCUGUUAAAGACGAAAGCUCGCCGGCUUAACGCUGCCAACCGACCCCUGUGGCUCCAAGCACCAUCAUGGGAGACAGCAGAGAUUCUCGCAGUCCAGACAGUUCGUCUGUGUCUUCCCCUCCUCUGGGCCAACACUCGCCGCCGCUGGUUCCCUCGGCGGCUUCCAUGACUUCACUGCCACCCAUCACCACCACCAGGGUCAACAGCCCCAUCAGUAGCAUCGGCUCACCCUUCUCUGUUAUUAGCUCAUCACUGGACUCACCCUGCCUGCCUGGCACACCGUCGGUGGGAUAUGGCCCAAUUAGCAGCCCCCAGAUCAACUCAACAGUGACCAUGUCAGGGCUCCAUGCAGUGAGCAGCUCCGAUGAUGUGAAACCUCCUCUUGGCUUGAAGCAGCUGUCUCCCCACAGCCCGGGUCCGAUGCUUUCCCAGAAACGCCUUUGUUCCAUCUGCGGAGAUAGAUCUUCUGGGAAACACUAUGGCGUCUACAGCUGUGAGGGCUGUAAAGGCUUCUUUAAGAGAACCGUGAGAAAAGACCUAACCUACACCUGUCGGGACAAUAAGGACUGCAUUGUGGAUAAGAGGCAGAGGAACCGCUGCCAGUACUGCCGCUAUCAGAAAUGCCUGGCCAUGGGCAUGAAGAGAGAAGUGGCCAAGAUGAACGACAGAUCUGUCCAAGAGGAGCGGCAGAGGAACAAGGAGCGAGAAGGCGAGGUCGAGUCUACCAGCGCGGUGAACGAGGAGAUGCCGGUGGAGAAGAUUCUGGAAGCUGAGAUGGCUGUGGAGCAAAAGACAGAGCUUCAUGCAGAUGGAAGUUCAGACGGCAGCUCUCCCAAUGAUCCUGUUACCAACAUCUGCCAGGCAGCAGACAAGCAGCUCUUCACGUUGGUGGAGUGGGCCAAGAGGAUUCCUCACUUCUCUGAGCUUCCUCUGGAUGAUCAGGUCAUCUUGCUCCGUGCAGGCUGGAACGAGCUCCUGAUUGCAUCCUUCUCCCAUCGCUCCAUCUCGGUGAAGGACGGCAUUUUACUGGCCACGGGCCUCCACGUCCACAGGAACAGCGCCCACAGCGCAGGGGUCGGCGCCAUAUUUGACAGGGCGAACAAUGCUGAGGUUGGGGCCCUAUUUGACAGGGUUCUGACCGAGCUUGUAAGCAAAAUGAGAGACAUGCAAAUGGACAAGACAGAGCUGGGCUGCCUUCGUGCAAUCAUUCUCUUUAACCCAGAUGCCAAGGGUUUGUCCAACUCCAGUGAGGUGGAGGUUCUGCGAGAGAGGGUGUAUGCGUCUCUUGAAGCUUACUGCAAGCAGAGAUACCCUGAUCAGCAGGGCAGGUUUGCAAAGCUCCUCCUCCGACUCCCAGCACUGCGCUCCAUUGGGCUGAAGUGCCUGGAGCAUCUGUUCUUCUUUAAACUGAUCGGUGACACGCCCAUCGACACCUUUCUGAUGGAGAUGCUGGAGGCGCCUCACCAGCUGACAUAAGGGAGCCACGCUCGGAGCGGUCAGGAUCCGACGCACACCAGGAUUUUCAGCACAGCCUCCAGUGUCUGGUCACCGGUCCUCCUGUUGGGCCUUGCUGAACUGCAGAACCUGCUGGUUUUAAUGUACCAGCUUUUACGCACUCACACACACACACACACACACACAUAUUUCUGUUCACCAUGCUUAAUUAUCUCUUCAUGGACAAACUUCCACACAUGCACAUGCAGAUCUCUGAAACUGGAUUCAUGAACUGACAAAAUAUAACAAACAAACAGAAGAAGCUUGAAGUCAAUGAUUGCUAAUGCUCACCCGCAGGCAUGAAUUUUCCUUUUUGUUUCCCAUCCUCAGUUUUUCUCUUAAAGAAAUCGUCCCACACAUACAGUAAAUGUCUUAUUUACAGGUAGAUGUCAGUUUUCACAUCCUCAUCUCAGUGGGAUUUUGCUUCUGCAUCCCUGGUGUUUUCUCCUUCUUUUUACUUUGGUGACCUACAGUUACUGCUAGCUGCACCUCUGUUAUCUUCAUAACUAGCUGGUUAGUUAUUUGUAUAUUAUUUUAGCUGAAAAUCAGGUGCAUUGUAUUUGAAUCAACUUUCCACCAAAACAAAAUCUCCUUUUAAGGACAUGCAAACACAGAGCGAAUCUAUUCAGUCGGGUAAACAUAAAAAUAUUGUUUUUUUUGUGAAAUUCACGCUGAAACUCGUUAAGAGUUUCUGUUUUUGAAGUACUGUACUCAUAAAAUGAGCGUUUUUUUUUUUUUUAAGGCAUUGAAAUCCAGGAAAAGGGGGCUGGGAUCGCUUUGUUCAACAAACGAAGCCCUUCCAACCUUGAUGCGCACAGCAGGCUUCGUAAGAAAGGAAGAAUGACUUGAAUCAUUUUUUUUCUUUUAUUUUUAAGUUCAGAUUUUAUCUCUAUGUUUGCAGAUGUUUGGCAUUUUAAGACACGUGGAGCUUACUGGAAGUAAAGCUUCAUGCAAAGGAAAAAAAAGUAUUUGUUUCUCUUAUAUCUUUUGUUCCCCCAACCAACCCCCCUUUCUCUCUGGUGGUCAUUAAUGCACUUUUGUGAGUUGUAACUGUGUAAAUGUUCCUGUUCCCUAAAAAUGACCAUCUCUUCCCAAACACCUAAAAUGAACUUGAAGGUACUAAGUGUAGGGUUUUCUCAUUAUUGCAUAGUUUUUAAACAGUAUGAGUUGUUGAACUUGGUGAAUGAUUGUUGAGUUUCAGUGCAGAUUUUAGUCGAUUGUCGGUUAACAUUUUGGCUGGUAGUCGGGAUGAGAGUCUGACUACCAGCACAGCUUUUAUCCAGCGGCCAUGAAACAGGAAAUCAUUAUCUGUGCCCUCAGAGUAAUCAUGUGUAUAAUUGGACAGCCUGUAUCUGAGUGUGUGGCUUUCUGGCCAUUGAGGAAAUAAAUGUGUCUGACAUUUGACCUUUGAAGUGUCCUUGGGCCGUAUAGUUAGGAUGAUUGAAUUUAAAGGCGUGACUCCACUCCGCUCUGUUUGUUUUUUUAGAAACGAGGUGCUGAAAACUUGUUGACUUCUGCUUUUCAGAGAAGCAGCAGUAGAGUUGGAAAAUGAAAACUGGAGCUGAAAUGAUGUGACGGUGGUAGACGGUACUGAUUUUGGUGCGUCUGCAGACACCUCGGAUCAUGGAAGGACCACUGGCAGUGAAUGUUGAUCUAUAAACAGUUCACCCAUGUUUGAAACACGCAGGAUCUCUUGAGUUGUGUUGCAGUAAUGACAGAAUAAUAGAAAUCCUACACCUACUACCUGUGGAUCUGGACGUGUUGGCCGGAAUCUGUUGUACAAUAGCUGUAAAUAAAACCAAAAACCAAACGGAGAACUCAUGCAGAAUCAGUGGCCUCCUCACACUUAGCAGAGUGAAACAUGUUGCUUCAACAAACUUAAAAUAUUUGUUAAAAAUCAUGUUUUUAUCUCUUUAAAUCACAAAACUGACCAGGGCCAGAACCACACCUCAUUGCUGCUUUUGCACCAGCUUCUGCUAAUGUUUCCUGUCGUUCCCAGUAACCGAUUGGCUGGAUUUCUGUUGACAUCAGCACUUGACAUUAACUGUGAUUGAAAUUGGUGAAGAACUGAAAAAAAAUCAAAUGCAGCUAUGGCGCGUUCAGAAGAAAACCCUCCAAUGUGAGCAAUUCUGGGGUACACAGAUUUACUUCCCUUUUUGGCAGUGAUGUAUUUAACAGAGGGUUGAUAUUCUAAAGUAUGUUUAGAUGCCUCCUUGGCCAACAGAUUUAAUAGAAAUUAGAACAUUUUGCAGUGUCAUAAUAAUGAAGAGGCACUGCUGUCUUCUUCCAGGUGCUAAACGUGGUCUUUUAAAGACCUGCACAUUCACAUCAAUGCAAAUACAGUAUGCAAGAACACAGACAAAUCAGACAUGCAUUCUUCCACUCAGAUACAUCUAGAUGUUCUCUAUCAUCAGCUUUGUUGUUGUCUUUAGUUGUGGAAAAUGAUUACCAGCUACGUUCUAGCAGAGCUCGGCUUUGCAUGAGAAGCGUUUCUGUUUAAGGGAGAGACAUAACUGGGAAAAUGUAGGAAGCUGCGGAGUUUUGCCAUCUAAACAAGAUGUGAAGAGAUGAUCCUCAUUCUUCUCAGAGAGAGGAUUUGACCUCAUCAUUGGUGUGAGGGAGAAGCUAGCAGCUGACCUGUAAAAAGAAAGUUGGUGCGACCUUAGACUUCUGCCUUGUUUUAGUUUUCCUUCCAUCUCUGAAUAUGCUUGGUCUAAUCUGUAACAUUUUCUGUUGUCAUUAUUUGCAGAAAAGUCAGCUUCUUCUGCAACGUUGCUGACUCAGAUUGUUGGCGAAGGAAAGCGAGGUGGAGGUGUUCAUCUGGUUUAGGUGAUCUUCCAACAUCUGCCAGGCUUUUUUACCGUGUAGUGUAGUCUCAGUGCUUUAGUGGUGUGGGUAUAUGAGCUGAUGCAGUUUUAACCUGUGAGAGAGGAUGAUUCUGUAGCUGCUUAGCAUUUAGACCAGUGAUCUAGAUCAGGGUUCUGUCAGACUGAGGACAGAACCCGAGGAACCCAAAACAAGCUUCUUCUUUUUUACCUCAGUGGUGAAGCCAACUUUAGGAUCCCUGCUUGCAUGAAUUCUCUCCUCUGACUGUUUGAAACGUUUUAUUUUGUAGCUUCCUCUCUUGAAUGUUUGAGCCUACUGCUACUGCAGUGUUCAGAACCAGGGAUGAGUUCAGAACAGUUCUGAGCUGAAGGCGAACCAUUUAACGUUGUCGACUCAGAUGAUUAAACAGUUAUUCUGCAAUAUAUGCAUCAUGUUUCUGCUUGUUUAAAUGAUUUCUGUCUUACAUGAUACUAAUUAGCAGUAGCGUCAUAUACAUCUCUCCAUACAACAGUGACAUGUUUGUUUUGUUUAUGUUUCUAUGUUGUUUUCAUCAUUUCGCUGAGAGCUUAGCUUCGAUUAUAAACGGUGAUAAAAGCUAUAGACUCAGUUCAGGUUCUUAAGCUAAGCCACUUCUAGCUUUGCUGAGCAGGCAAACCUUUUAGCAGAGCAGGUGGUUGUUUCGUGUUUCCGCCAUGUUUUUAUGCAUAUGUUCAUUAAUCUGCAGCUACACCUUUUAACUGGCUGAAACUGUAACUUUGGCUGUAAUGUGCUGAGUGUUGUUGAGUGAAACAGCGGGUGUAGUGCGCUGGUUUGUUGACCUUAAGCUUUAUUAAAACAACCUGGCCUUCUGGGAUCGUUUUGGCCCAUCUCAGCUGCCGUACCUAAAACCUAACAGCUUCUCUCACCCGCUUGGGCUUUGCAUUGGAAUAAACUUGCAGCUUUAACCUCUGGUUCUUGGACUGUUUGAGGAUGUGAAGCUUUUUCUUGAUGGGAAGCUUUAGAGAAGAGGAUUCAGAGCCGAGUGUCCCUCUUUGCUUACCCUAUUUGACGGCAGAGCUGCGACGAUCUGCUGCGGCGAUCUGCAAUCACCGCUGAAUUGCAGCGCCCCGCCACAAAUGUUUGUUAUUGCAAGUGUGCACUCUAGGCAGAUGCAUGCUGCCACCUUCUGACUGUGUAGCAGUAUUGCUGUCGCCGUCUUUGUUACAUUUUGAAACUUAUUGUGUUUUAUGAGUAAAGAUUUUAAUAAAAGGCUUUUUUUUUUUUUUUAAAUGGGUUGCAUGAUCUGAUGUGAUGGUCAUAGGUAGAUUGGACACAAGGGUGGCGUUGUUGCACGUUCCCUGGACCCAAGGCCCGUGCUGAUUCAACCAGAGGUUCAGUGUGUGCUAUGCAGCCUUCAAACCACAACCCUCACAGUUUUCAAUCACUGCCAAGCUGUUUGCAGCCAUCUUUAAUGUAGGGCCACGCCCACAUUUAUGUCAUUUAUGUAAAUUGUGAUUCUUGUGCAGCACAGUGAAGACGGUGCGUUAACAUUGGCUUAGGUAGUAGAUCUGAACAGGGGCCCUAAUGGGAAUGGAAAUGGCAGCUUGUGUGGAAAGCGUAGGCCUGGUCACAGGACUGAGAAGUAGGCCGGUGUGUGGAUCCCUCUGGGUGCUCAAGCUAAUCAUUUGGUGCUUUUUGCAGGGCCCCACAACCUGACUACACACGUACGAGUGAAAUGCAAAUAAGGAGUGGAUUAGAUAGGGCGAGAAAAAGCUCAUCUGCUCUGUUAGGUUUUGUAUAGUUGGGAACUAUAAAAGAGAAAACCUUUCAGAGAAGCUGUGGUUGUAGCUGUAGUGGACAGCGAGAGAAACCUUCGACCAAGAUGUGGCUACAGCGAAGGACCCCAACAGGAAGGACUGACUGAAUAUCACAGCUGUCCUAAAGGACGAGGGGCUUUAUGAGAUUUGUAAAGGUCUGGUCAGAAACAGAGGAAGAAAAACAGGGCAGGGACUUUAAUAACUUGGAUCUGGUGUUCUCUUAUUAAUCAAGAAGAAAAGCAGAAAAAGCUAUUUUCCAGUAGAUCUAGGUUCUUCCUUAAUUGUUUACUCUUCAUCUUACAACGUUCACAUGAUGUUUCUUUGUCUGGUUUCUCGUCUCCAUCUACUCAACUAUGCUAUCCACCUUUUCUUUACUACAAAGUAUUAAAUGCAAGAACUGAAAGAAAAGUCUGAACUGAAUUUUGUCACUUUUCUGUUUAAUUUGUCUGUUUCUCUCUGUGUCAGCUCUUUGUCCUGUUUGUAUUAGACUCCAUUUUACUCGUGGAGCUGAUUGACUAUUGUGUGCUUUGGGGAUUGAAAGAAGAAAAAAAAUAUGAAUAGUAUUUUUUUGUUCAGUCAUUAAUUCUGAAUCCUGUUUCUGUUUGUUGUAUCAUGUCCGAGUAAAAGUUUUAAUACUAUA